AUGAAGGAGAUUACCGAUUUCGUCGAUCCCAGGAUCAGGCACAAUCAUCGAGUCCUUAUGCAGGAAUAUCAGGACUUGCGAGAGGAAACAGAGUUUAAGAUGAGGAAAUUGGAGAUGAUGAAACAGAAACGAUUGACCCUCGACGCAGAAGUUAGGUUCUUGAGACGUAGAUACAAACACUUGAAGCAAGACCAGAUUCCUGAAACCAAUCCGAAGAUGUUGAGAUUGUCAGAGUCUGGGGAUUUGAAGGUGCCAAUUAAACCAAGUCUCAAAAGAAAGAAGAACUCUGCUCCGAGAGCAUCUGCGCCAUGUUCUGAUUUGAAGCAGAAGAAUACAAUUUGCAAUGAGAAGGAAGCAUUGGGUGAUAAUGCAGGAUGUGACUUGGGAAAGAAGUCAAAAAGGAACAGGGGAAACGAGGUUCUGACAAACUCAAUUCCGAUUCCUGAUCUUAACGAAGAUGGGAACAUUUCUGUUACCGUCAACAAAGAACCGGGCUUUGACCUAAACCAGAUCUCGAGAGAAGAAGAGGAGCCGGAAGUGAACGGUGAACAAAUGGUGGCCGGAGCAGCAACAAAGAAGGCAAUGCUUGGUAAUGGAAUGGAUGAUCUACAUUGCGAAAUGAAGUUGCCGAUUUGCAGAGACGUGGAGAAAGAGUUGAACAGAGCAGUGAAGAGGAAGGUGACGUGGCAAGAUCCAGUGGCUUUAAGUGUUUGA